AUGUCGGCGCACAAGAACGUGGCCUUGCUCCGCAGCGUCGUGGGUUAUCCCACUUCCCCCGCCACCUCGCCUACGCUCACACCUGUACCUCUUCCGCCCUCUCGUACUCUUUCGUCCCCAGAGGUUUCCCUACUCAGGCUGUCGCUCAAGACUAACCAGAAUCCCUCCUCGCCAGCAAAACGCAAGGCCACCACCGACCCUCCCAAUGGCUCUCCCAAGCGCGUCAAACAGUCGCCUAGCUCUACACCUCCAGUCGUUCCCGCUCCCGACGAGGCCUCGGCUUCGACGUCGGCUCCCGCUCCCGCUGUCAAACGGAUAGUACCCUUUCCAGAGAAGCCUGCCGUCAUCGAGGAGCGAAAUGGCGAAAUCGAGUUUCGCGUGGUCAACAAUGACGGGAGGAGAGAGAGCACAAUCAUCUUGACGGGCCUCAAGUGCAUCUUCCAGAAACAGUUGCCGAAGAUGCCCAAGGACUACAUUGCUCGGCUGGUCUACGACCGGACCCAUCUGAGCAUAGCUAUUGUCAAGAAGCCCUUGGAAGUAGUAGGUGGAAUCACCUACCGCCCCUUUGACAAAGGUCAAUUCGCCGAAAUCGUCUUUUGCGCUAUCUCGUCGGACCAACAAGUCAAGGGCUACGGCGCCCACCUCAUGUCCCACCUCAAAGACUACGUCAAAGCCACCUCCCAAGUCAUGCACUUCCUCACCUACGCCGACAACUAUGCUAUUGGAUAUUUCAAAAAGCAAGGCUUCACCAAAGAAAUCACGCUCGAAAAGUCGCGCUGGAUGGGCUACAUCAAAGACUACGAAGGCGGCACCAUUAUGCAAUGUAGCAUGGUACCCAAGAUCCGCUACUUGGAAAGCGGCCGCAUGCUGCUCAAGCAAAAGGAAUGCGCAAACGCCAAGAUCCGCGCGGUGAGCAAAAGCUACGAAAUACACCCCCCACCCGCCCAAUGGGCCAAAGGCGACGUCAAACCCAUUGACCCCUUGACCAUUCCCGCCAUCAAAAACAGCGGCUGGUCCCCCGUCAUGGACGAAUUGGCCCGUGCACCCCGCCACGGUCCCAACUACAACGCCCUCCUCCAUCUCCUCAACGACAUGCAAAACAACAGCAACGCCUGGCCGUUCCAACAACCUGUCAACAAGGACGAGGUCCUCGACUACUACGACGUCAUCAAGGAGCCCAUGGACCUCGCCACCAUGGAAGAAAAGCACGAAAAGGAUCUCUACCCUACGCCAGAGGAUUUCAUAAGAGAUGCCAAGCUCAUCUUUGACAACUGCAGAAAAUACAACAACGAGAGCACGCCGUACGCCAAGGCUGCGACGCGCAUGGAAAAGUACAUGUGGCAGCGCAUCAGAGAGAUUCCAGAGUGGUCGCAUCUCGAAGGUGAAAUCACUGGCAAAUGA